ACUUUGGUCUCGAUUUUUGCUUAUAAAAGAUAAAUUUGUGCAUGCUCAACAAUUUGCGUCUGUUGCAUGGUGAAUCCAAGUCCCGUUGUUUGUAAAGGACGCCCAAAUAAUCAUCUUUUAAUUCUUACGAUUUUAUCAAAAUUAUAAACUCUGAAUUUUACGAUGUCAACUUCAAGUUCAAAUCGCUCUCAAUCCCCAUCUCCUCAACCAGCAAUGGAAAAAACAACUUUUCAAGAUAAUAAACAUGCCACAAAUAUAUCUAAAAAUUUAUUCAAAUUAUACGAAGAAAAAGAAUUGCUCGAUGUUAUUCUCAAAACUGGCGACAUUAAAAUUGAAACUCACAAAUUUAUUCUCUCAGCUUCAAGUGAGUAUUUUUUUGAAAUGUUUCGCGGUACUUCUGCAACUUCCAAACUCAACGAAGUUGAAAUCAAUGAGAUCCAAGGUUCUUUUCUGAAAAUAAUUGUUAAUUACAUGUAUACCGGUUCGAUUGAACUGGAUCUCGAAAUUAUUGAGAUUAUUUUGAGAGCAGCAGUAUUUUUAAAAAUGACAAACCUCCUAAAUGGGUGUUGCGAAUUUCUUGAAAAAAAUUUCAAUACUGAUAAUUGUUUGAAUUGGCUACAAUUGGCCAGGGAAUUGAGUGCAGACGAACUCAAAGAAAAAUCUUUAAAUUUUAUUUACACAAACUUUAAUGAAGUCACUGAGAAAUCUGAGUUUUUAAUUUUGAAUGAAAUUGAACUCAAAGAUUUGCUAUUUAAACAAAAUACAAAUCAGAAUUUGGAAGAGCAGGUUUUUCUGAGUUUGGUUGCAUGGAUUGAAUAUGACAAAGAUAGUCGACAACAUCUUUUAUUUGAAUUGUUGUCAAUGAUUCGUUAUCAUUAUCUUACGGCAAAGUUCAUCAUUGAAAAUAUCAAGUCGGUUGCAAAUGUUGAUAAUUAUCAAUUGAUUCUUGGCUGGAUUCGUUUUCAUUUGUCACCGGAGUCUCGAACAAAUGAGGAGCAAAACCUUGCUCUAACUAUCGAGCCAAGAAUGGAAGUUAUUUCAAAUCAAGGAGUUGAUACACUCGCCUGUAUUCAUAUUAAUGAUCAACUCGAAACAGAGCUACGAUGUUAUGAUCAAACAUUGAACAAUUGGUUUAUAAAGAAGAGAUCACAAUUCGUUUGUCAAAAGAAAAAAAAACAUUCAAUGAUUUUGAUUAAUGAGAAAAUAUUUGUUGUUGGAGGCAUAUCGAAUAACGAUGUAGAAAAUACCGUUGAAUGCCUUGAUUUGAAAACUAUGAAAUGGAUUGAUUUGCCUCCGAUGCGAGUUGCCAGAUGCUACAGUCAGUUGGCACAUUUAAACGGGCAUUUAUGUGUUUUUGGUGGUUUUGAAAAAUCGGACGAAACAGGGUUCAUUGAUUCGGCAGAGAUUUUCAACAUUUCAACUCGCAAAUGGAAAAAUUUACAUCCAAUUUACAAACCAAAAAUAAGCAACAGUAUAUUUGGCCAUAAAGGUAUUUUAUACAUUUUCGAUUUUCAUUUCGGCUAUUUGCAAUGUUAUAAUAUCUCAUCUGGCGAAUGGACACUGAGGGAACAUCCAAUUGAUGACGAAGUUAGAAGUUUUCAUGUAACUGUGGUUAAUAAUGUUUUCUAUGCUAUUGGUGAAAUCACUUAUGAAUACAGUAGAUAUACGACAUAUACUGUUAAUCGCUUUGAUUCGUCCAAAACUUCGUGGUUUAAAUUGGCUUUGAAACCAGAAAACAGUUCUGCAAUCAUAAUGGCCACAGUUAUUGGAAAUAAAAUCACUUUUCGUAAAUCAUAUGGCAUAGUUGAAUAUAAUCUUGAUACUAAUGAUUUCACUGAUGUUAGCAGCUGUAGCAAAGCCAAUUAUUUUUUUCCUUUAAAAUUAUGAGUUAUUUUUUUUUAUUGAAAAUAAAUGAAUGUACCUACUUA